ACCUUAAGAGCCUACAUUUCCUCUUCUGUUACUGCUGCAAAUGGGGAGUUUUAACUUGUAUCUGCCUAGAUGUAGAAGUCGCGUUCAAGAUCAAGCCUAAAGUAUGCCCACGAUGCAGCAAGGAUAUCUGGACAGGGCAUCAAUCGGCAUCACGACUUUCUUUGCAUCAGCGCAUCCAACUGAUACCUGUGGCACGAAUGGUUUGCCUCUCACACCGAACUCCGUUAGGAUACUGGGGAAGUUCCAAAAGUUGAAGCUUUUAAAACACGAAAACAUUUGUCAAUAUGUCGAUUUGAUAAGAGGAAAGCAUGAAAGAGUUGUUGUUGCUGCAGAACAUUAUGAAGACUGUCUAGCAGAUCACUUUAAACAAGGAGACAUCUCAAGCUUAGUUGCUUUGCAAAAAGUAGCAUUUAGUAUCUUGCAAGCUUUGAAGUAUCUUCAUUCACACAAUAUAACUGUUCGAAACUUGUCACCUGAAAAUAUUCAAGUCACUCCAGAGAACAACUUCAAAAUUUCAAAGUAUGGAAUGUACUAUGUGACUUCUUUUGGGUCUAGUGUCGCAUUUCCUAUUGGAAACCCAUGUUACUUGGCACCAGAGGUAGUUGCCUGUGGAACAAGAUUCAGCCCAGCCCAUGGACCUUCCUCUUACUCUUCUGACAUUUGGUCUCUAGGGAUGGUUUUGUUGGAUUUAUACUCUUUGGGUGGCCUUUGGUGCGCUGAUAAAAUGAGAGUUGGGAAUGUUUUGCACAAGUUGUUGAAGAUUCAUUUCAACUGUGAUUCAAAAGAUGCUCUAGAACAUAUUUUGGAAUACAGCGGGGCACAUUCAAGACUUAAGGGCAUGGAUCGCUCCUUGGUGUCAUUUCUUCGUAUGUGUUUAAUACUAGAUCCAGCAUUAAGACCAACAGCAAAAGAAUUGCUGAAGCAUGAAUUCCUUCAUUCUUUGAUGAGCCAAGAAAGACACACACCCCAUGCUAAAGACGUCACCAUGAAUGGGUCUGAAGUCUUUCCAGCUGUUUUUCGAUCGCCCUUCCUCGAUUCGCCUGAUUAUAACAAGCUGCUAUCGGACUUAAGUGAAGUUCAGGAUGAAGACCAUUUGUCCAGAAGACCUAUCGACGAGGUUUACUACUUGUGGACAUUGGCUGGCGGUGACGUCAUUGCAGAACUUAAAAAGAACGAUUUGCUGAAGUCGAAGCCUCCUGUUUUAUCACUACCCACCGCGACUUUGAAUAAUGGAGAAGCAUUUGGACCGGAAAAGGAAAGAGAAAGGAUGCUUGAUGAAACUACAGUUGCUAUUUCUUUGGACAAAUUACGAAUGAAAUUGCAAAAUAUUGAUGAAUCAGCCUUUUACCCCUUAAUUGUCGAAGAUGACCUCAAUCCACCAGAUUUAACAGAGACUGCCAAACUCCCUUUGGUAAUUCGCGAGAAAGAUGUGGUGUAUCAGUUUCAUCGAGUUAUACUUUUUGAUAGACUCUUAGAGGGCUACCCAUUUACUAGAGAUAGAAUCAUAAAAGAAGCGAGAAUUGACAUUCCGCCGCCAUUUCGAGCUAAAGUCUGGGCAGCUCUCCUGAACAUACAGGGAGAUGUGCAGGAGGUUUAUGAUAGAAUUGAUAAAGAAAGCGUGACCUCUACAGAUCGACAGAUCGAAGUUGACAUCCCAAGAUGUCAUCAAUAUGACCAGUUACUCUCAUCACCAGCUGCCCAUGCCAAAUUCAAGAGAGUGCUCAAAGCCUGGGUCGUUUCCCAUCCAAAAUUGACAUACUGGCAAGGACUGGACUCACUUUCAGCCCCAUUUAUAUCUUUGAAUUUUAAAAACGAGGCACUGGCAUUCGCAUCCAUGUCUGCAUUCAUCCCAAAGUACCUCUAUAAUUUCUUUUUGAAAGAUAAUUCACCAGUUAUACAAGAGUACCUUGCCGUAUUUUCACAAAUGGUUGCCUAUCACGAACCGGAGCUGUUUACACAUUUAAGCGACAUUGGCUUCGCACCAGAGCUGUACGCAAUUCCUUGGUUCUUAACGAUGUUUUCACAUGUUUUCCCUCUUCACAAAAUAUACUAUCUUUGGGACACUCUUUUGCUUGGAAGUUCGCUUCUACCACUUUGUAUUGGCGUUGCGAUCCUACAGCAAGUCAGAGACCAGUUAAUCAGCUUUGGAUUCAAUGAAUGCAUUCUAUUGUUUUCUGACAUGCCAGGAAUUGAUAUCGAAAGAACAGUCAAGGAUUCGAUCAGAAUAUUCAACCACACACCGCCAAGCAUUGGGCUGCGUCGUUGUGACAAUCCAGCAAAUAGAACAAAGGCUCCAGAGGAAGAAAAGUUCAUGCAACUUCCUGACAAAGAAUUUCUUCCGUUGGAGCAGUUGAAAUCAGAGGUAUGCCCACGAAUCUCCCCUAGGGAUUUGGUAAGGAUCGCAAGCAUCGUGCAAAGCCAAGAUUGUUCAAAUAAAUACGAUGUCAAAGAAACUAAAAAGAAGUCGACCAAGGCAGAAAAACAAACACCCAAACUUGAAGCACGACUCGGCAAAAUGCUUAUUGUCGACGUACGGCCUGUGGAGGAAUAUAUUGCUGGACACUUUCCGAACUCAAUAAAUGUUCCAUAUGAACAAGCGUUCGCUCCGAACGGAGAGCUCUCUUCCUCAAAUAGCUGCAUUAUUCUACAAAAGCAUCUUGGCAAAAUUAUCAUGGUUGUGGGAAAUAAAGGACCUGAUGCACCCGAGUUUGGUGCAAAGCUCGUCCGACUAGGAUUUAGACGUGUCUCAGUUAUGGAUGGGUCACUAACUAUUUUGAAGGCAAAUGGAUAUUUCACUUCGGAAUGAAGAUCAAAAUUUUAAAGGUGGACAUUAGAAUGGAAAUGUAAGAUUAGCUGUUAGUGAUAGUACAUCAAAGACUUGUAAAUUAUGUCGACAGAAUUUUAUUUUGAGUUAUGGGUUUUAGACUGUAGAUUGAGUUUUUGUAUAAUUUUUGUAAACAUUAUCAAGAAGUCGUAAAAGUAUUUUGUUUGCAAA